AUGAGAUACUACGCAUCUCCAAUUGAAGAGGACGAGCUUGUUUCCGAUGCUUACAAAUUAGUUCGCAAGGAGGACAUCGGCGCUCUCGAAUUCGAGGGUGACUACAUCGAAGUCGAUGUCGAAGAAGGCGAAACCACAAGAAAGGACACAGUCAUGAACAUCCCAUACAACAACAACCUUCAGAAGCUCGAACUCACAAAGGCUCAGUUCGGUGCCUGGUGCAAGAAGUUCAUCCCAGCCCGUAAGGCUCAGCUUUCCGGCGAUGCUCAGACAGAAUUCAUGCAGAACGCUAAGAAGUUCGUCAUGUGGGUUGAUGCUAACUUCAAGGAAUUCGAUUUCUUCGUUGGCCCAACAAACAACGUUGAUGACAUGAUGCUCUUCUGCAAGCAUGAUGAAUCAGGUGCUAAGCCAUACUUCUAUCUUAUCAUCGGCUCCUGCCCAGACUACAAGUAUUAA